CUGAAGAGAUGGCAGAGGACGAAGUUAACUACGCUUCUGUGGUUAUCAAAACUAAGAAACAGCCCCAAUCAGAAGCUAAAAUUGAGAAAGAGACUGUGUAUGAUGAAGUGAAAGUGAACAAAGAACCAACUCAGGGACCUCUGUCAGACAAGGCAGCAGAAAAAUGUCGGCGCUAUCAGCAGCUGGCUUGCUGUUUUGGGAUUCUCUGUGUCCUUUUGGUCCUGAGCAUCAUUGGAGUCUGUGUUUACCUGGCAACAGUUCAUGAGAGCACCGAAAAUGAGCUGAACAAGCUGAAAUCAAACCAAAGAAUUCUACUGGAGGAAAUUCAAAACCUGACGAAACUCAACAAUAUAUUUUCUUCAGAUUAUGAGAAUUUGACAGUUAAAUUUGACAAACUGACUGUGGCUUCGACUGCCUUGGAAAACAAUAUCACCAUGCUGACUGCAGAAAACCAAAACCUGACUACAGCUUCUACUGCCUUAGAAAACAAUAUCACCACGCUGACUGCAGAAAACCAAGACCUGAGGAGAGAAAGGAAAAUCCUCACAGAACAAAUAGAAACUAUGGAGAAAACUUGGAAUGAGCAGAACGUCAGUCGAGCUCAGUGGAGCGUUGAUCAGUACUGUCCUAAAGGAAAUAAAGGGAGAAGUUGCACUUCGUGCCAGGAUGGAUGGAAAAAACAAUUUUCCAGCUGUUAUGCAUAUAAUGACGCUCCGCCCUCUGAUCAGAGAAACUGGGAAGGUGCACGAGAGAAUUGCAGUACGAAGAACUCAGAUUUGGCUGUUGUGUUCGAUCAAACAGAAAAGGAUUAUGUCAAUACACAGAGUCCAGUUAUAAAAGGCAUCCAAGGAUACUGGAUUGGCCUCAGAGCUGAAGGAGGGAAAUGGAGAUGGAUCGAUGGAAGUGAUCUGACCAAUCAAGCCUGGAUACAGCAGCAGCCUGCAGUUGAUGGUCAGUGUGUAACUUCUCUCCAGGGCAGAGAAUGGGAAUCAGUGAGCUGUGAUGAAAAUAACGCAUGGAUCUGUGAGAAGAAGGCUUUAUCUGUUUAAAGAUGAGAUACUCAGAAUAACAGAAGUUAUCUGGACAGCUUUUAAAAAAGAAAAAAGAAAAGUCUAAAAGUUAAACAUGUUUCUUAUCUAAAGUUUACAGUUUUUGAAAACAAAACUGGAACUCUAAAACAGCUUUUUGGUUGCGUCUCAUAUUUAUUGCAACACAUGUAGAGAUUUUAACAAAGCCUGAUUAAAGACACCGGAAUUUAGAAAAUGUUUUAGUGGCACAAAACAUCUAUUUAGAGUUUUGAGUGUUUCUGAUUAUUUGUCUGACCUACAACAUAUAAAGUGUCAUGUUUCCUGAACUUUUUACUGAUAGCUUUUAAAGGAAUUUUACUAGUAACUACGAUUUUAGGAGCCCCACUUUGUCUUUAACCUUCUUUAAUAUUUAGGAUCCUGAGUAUACAAAUUUAGAUGCUGCUGC